AUGGCGGAGGACGCGGUGGAUCGGCAGCUGGCGCUGGUGGUGGAGAUUGAGGAGGCGGGGCGCGCUGCCAAGGUGCAGCUCGAGAACUGCCUGCUUCUCAGCGACCGCCUCGGUAUCCUGCGACCGUUGCUCAAGGUUAGCCGUCGAUCCUCCGACCGUGUUGAAUUAUAUCCGUCGAUCUUACCACUUCCUACUGCCAAGGUGCAGCUCGAGAAUUGCCUGCUGCUCAGCGACCGCCUCGGCAUCCUCCGCCCACUGCUCAAGGACAUGCGGCCGUGGUUGGCGGCGGUGCAGAUGGGUCGACAGCAGGUCGCCAUCGACGCCAUCCUGCUGCGCCUCGAGAGGUGUGCUUAUAUAGGGACAUCUGCUUAUCACGUCCAGUCAUUGUGCACCGUGGGACCCAAUCUCACAUGCUUGCACGUGCUCUCACACGCCUCACCUGUGCUCUCACACGCCUCGCCUGUGCUCUCACACGCCUCACCUGUGCUCUCACACGCCUCACCUGUGCUCUCACACGCCUCACCUGUGCUCUCACACGCCUCACCUGUGCUCUCACACGCCUCACCUGUGCUCCCACCUCACUUUCCUCAUCUGCCCUCCCAUCCCACAUGCCCCAUGCCGCCCCUCUCUCUCCAGGCCUCCCUCUCCCUCGCGGACUGCCUGGCGGACCUAGCAGCCCAGGCCGCCUCUACGCUUCCCGAAGCUGCCAAGCAGGCUCGGGCCAUCCAGGCCGAGAUCCAGCAGCUGAGGUUCGUGCCAGCUGGCAAGCAGGGACAGGCCCAGCUGGCAACAGUAUGCGGGCAGGCGACAGAGCAGCAGCGGCUGCUGCAGCAGCUGCGUGCGUCCGUCUCCUCGCUGCUCUCCCAGCUGCGGCACUCCCAAGGCGCCAGCUGCCGGGGUAACUGCAGUGGUGGUACCUGCAGCGGUGACUGCAGGGGUAGCAGCAGGAACGGAGACGGCAGGAGCAUGGGCGGAAGGGGUAAUGCGGGGUGGGAGAAGGUACGGGGGGUUGUGCUGCGGGAAGGGAGCAGGGAGCAGGUGGAAGGGGAGUUGGUGCGGGUGCUACAGCAGGUGGAGAGAGAGGCAGUGGUGGUGGGCGUGUUGAAAGCUCUGUGCUUCAAGUGCGGGUGGAUGGAGGAGACUGUAGUGAAGAAGCUUAUAAGGGAUCUGGGCGAGCAGAGGCGCGUGGUGGGCACGCAGCGGUGGGCUGUGGAUGAGAUUCAGCAGUGGCUCAGGCGGCAAGACCUAUCAGCUGCUGACACGUGUUCGGAUUCCCUGAGUGGAGUAUUGUCGAUUAGUGAGGGUGGAGGGGUGGGAGACGGAGAGGAGGAGAGCGUGGGAUGGAUGAGGGGAGAAGGGCUGAGUGGGGGGGUGGGGGGGAGAGGGACGGGGAGGGGAAUGGAGAGAGGGGAGGAGGGGAAGGGGAGGGGGAGGGAGGGCAAGGAGGGGAGGGCGGAGCGGGAGAUCUUGGAGGCGUGUGAGGCGAUGAAAGGCGCUGGCGAUGAGGUGGCGUCGUGGGAUUUGCGGUUGGGGAGGCGCGCUGCUGAGCUGGCACGGGACGUGGUGAGGAGCCUGCGGCUGCGCAUGGCGGAUCACCAGAAGGCGCUGCAGGUGGGCGUGGGCCGGGCGGCAUGUGGGGAGGGGAGGGACAUGUGGGCCAUAGGAGUGUCAUGUGUGGAGGAGCCGUGGCUGGCGCUACUGGCAGAGGAGCUCGCCGCCCACCGCGACGACCUCCGGGAGGUGGCAGCGCACGUCACUGCUGUCGACGCCGCUCUUAGCAGGGCUGCUUAUAACGAGGCACAGGAGGCAGGUACAGUCGAGGGGAACGCUGCGUGUGGUGGGGCAGGAGGAGCUAGUGGGAGCAGAACGCCGGGGCGUGGGGGUCGGGGGCGGGGAGAGAGCGAUGUGGGGCCGCUGCUGGCGCGGAUGGAUAGCGACCUUCGGCAGUAUGUGGCGGAGCUGGUGGGGCAUGCGGGUGUGGCGGGCGGCGUGCUGAGUGUGCUGGAGGAGGAUUUGGACGAGGCGGAGAGGCGAGGGGAAGAGGCGGAGAACAAGGGGGGGGAGGCGGGGGAAAAAGGGGAGGCGCAGAGGAGGGGUGCAGCAGAGGUGUUGAGAGAGAAUGGGCAGGCGCGGGUGGGUCCGAGUGCAAUCAGCCGUGAAGAGAGGGGCAGGGAUGACGUGGCUGACGUGGCUGAUAUGGGUGGUGUGGGAGAUGUGAGGGAUGGGGCGAUGGAGUUGGCGGGUCAGCGGCAUGGGGACGGCGUAGGCACGAGCAGUGUGAGGGGAAUGGCGCAGGGCGGGAUGACGGAUGGAGGGAAGGGGGCAGCAGGAGAGGUGGAGCAGGGUAGCAGUGGCGAUGAAGGGUUCAAUCCCAGGAGGGCGUACUCGGGGGAGGUACAUCUGUCAGCAGAGCAAGGGGGAGGAGAGAAAUUGGCGCCAGGCGGGGCAGUAAGGGGAGAGGGAGUAGGAGGGGGAGGUACUGGGGAUGGGGCCGGAAGAGGAGAUGCUCGUGAGGGUGAGGGUGAGGGUGCUGGUGAUGGUGUUGGCAGGGGUGCUGGUUGCGGGGUUGGGGCGGUGGGUUUUGAGGGGUGUGUAAGAGCGGGAGAGAGGGGCGGAGGAGGCGAGGUGGAGGAGGCGAUGGGGGAGGGGGAGGCGGCGUUGGCAGCGCUGGUGUCGGCUCUGUGGUAUGGCAGUGAGGAGGAUCAAGAAGCUGCUGCCGAGGCUGUCCUGGAGGGCUGUGACACGGGCGCCAUCACCGCCACGCUCUCCCUCGCAGCACGCAUACUGGCCGGCAAAUGGCAGCCUGCUCUCGCUGCCGCCCUCAAGCCGCUCUCCUCCCGCCGCCCGCCUGUCGUACAAUCAGCUGUCGCCACGUCACUCGUGUGCCUGGCUGUUUCUGACGAGCUGCGCACUGCUCUGGCCUCCCAGGGGCUUCUUCAGGCGCUGCUGCUGCAGGUGCGGAAGCCACACCGCUUGAUUCUCAGCCGCUGCGUCUUCGCCCUCGGCCAGCUGGCGCGCUGUGAUUCGGUGCGCUGCCACGUCACCGAUUCGGGAUCCAUGUCAUUCCUCGUGCCUCUGCUGCGCUCCAAGGACGUGGAGGUGCGAGAGUCAGCCGCCCUGCUCGUCAAGAACAUGGUCUUCCGGGACCCUUUUGAGUCGACUCAAAAGUCCUCUCCCCCACCAUUCCUAUCCCCCACCUCCCCCAUCUCCCCAAUCCGCUCCCUGCUGGCAGGACGUGGAGGUGCAAGAGACGUGGAGGUGAGAGAGUCUGCCGCUCUGCUCUUCAAGAACAUGGUCUUCCGGGACCCCCCUCAGGACAGCCAAUCGCUGCUCGCCACGCGGGCGUGCGUGGUCAAGCACGGCGCGGUCCCCCUGCUCCUCUCCGCCCUCUCCAUUCCCACCGCUCUGCACCCCGCUGACACCGCCAGCCUUGACACCUCCAGCCACACCACUGGUACCAGCUCAACUAGUGCAGAGGCACAUGAGUCAGCAGCAGAAGCAGCGGCGGCGGCAGCAGCAGCGGCAGCAAGGGCGUGCAUGAGUGGGGAGACAGAGGAGUACAUGCUGGGGAUCAUAGGAGGGUUGGCUCAGAGCCCUCGCCCUGCCGUGCCUCUGCCCACCAGGAAGCUCAUCGCCUGCAUCAUUCCCCACCUCGCGCACCCCUCCACCCCCACUGUUCGCAUCUACGCCCUUGCUGCCCUCGCUGCACUGGCCAAGGUCGACCCGGAGGGUGAUUAUAACGGGGGUGGCAGUGUGGAGGGGGCGGUGAGGAGGGUGGGGGGAGUGGAGAGGGAGGAGAGGGCGGAGGGGGGUGUGGUGGCGGUUGUGGAGUUGGAGGGGUUGGUGCCGGUGCUGCAGGUGGUGAGGGAUACAGCGGUGGGGGAGAGGGUGCGCCUGCAUGCUGUCUCCGUGCUCUGUGCCAUUGCUGGGCUGAAGAGCAGGGACUAUCGCUCACUGAUCGCCUUAGAGGGCGGCCUUCCCCCGCUCGUCGCCCUGCUCUCGCCCGCCUUCCCUCUCGACCUGCGCCUGCUCUCCGCCACCACACUCCGCCUCCUCUCCCUCUCCCCCGUCGUGCGCCGCUCAAUCCUCCUCACGGGCGCGCUGCUCCCUCUCGUUGACCUGCUCAGGGAGCAGCUGCCAAAUCCCUUCACCAAUGUGAGCGUGGCUGCGGCUGUGGCAGCACUGGUGCCGCGAGGAGAGGAGGAGAUGAGUGCGAGGGGACCGGUGGGGCUGUGUGCGCCGGUAGAGGAGCAGCUGGUGCUGGUAGGAGCCGUGCCGCUGCUGGUAGCCGUGCUGCUCGGUGCUGGUGGUGGUGGUGGUGAGGACAUGGUGGGAGGUGGUGGGGGGAUGGGAGAGGAGGGAGCAGCGAAUGAGGGGGAGGUGAGGCGGGCACUGAAGCGGGUGGGUGAGGUGAGCAGGCGGGGAGCAGAGGAGAUAGUGGCGUGUGGAGGGACGAGGAUGCUAGACAUGCUUUUAUCACGCUAG